AGUAGAAUCUAAUGCCACAAUUAAAAACCGUUCUUUUUUUGUUUAGUAUAAAAGUUCGUCGCAUUCUGCUGAAGAAAUCAGAAACAAUAGAAAUAUCGUUCAGUCAAUACAAUACUCCGAUUUUGUUUUGAAUCCUUUCAAGUAAACAUGAAGUUCGUUUGUGCUGUCGUCUUGUUGGCCCUUGCUGUCGGUGUCCAAUCAUCCUUGUUGUUGGGCGGUACCCAUGAUGCUUCUGCCUGGGGUCAUGGAGCUUGGGGUGGUCACGGAGCUUGGGGUGGUCACGGAGCUUGGGGUGGACCAUGGGCUGGUCAUGGAGCCUGGGGUGGACCCUGGGCUGCUCAUGGUGCUUGGGCUGGACCUUAUGCCGCUCACGCCGCUGUCGAUGUUAGUGGAGCCUGGGGUCAUGGCUAUGGCGCUUGGGGUGGUUAUCCCGGUAUUUCUCUGAGCCAAGGACCUGGUUUGGCUCAUGGUGCUCAUGGACCUGGUGUUUAUGUUGCCAAGACUCGUGGUGCUGUCCACACAGCUCCCUUGGCUGGUCACCUUAACUCUGCCACUUCUGUGAAUGUGGCUCCUGCUCCUGGUACUCAUUAAAUUUGUGAAAAUCGCCAUGGAACCUAAUGAAUAUCUGACAUCCAACUAGUUCAACAUUUUCAUCAUGCUAUGUAUAUUAUGAAAGGAAUUUUGUCAUCCAAAUAUCCUUCACAACAGCAAAUAUCCAAAAUAAAUUAGCACACACACUCAGUCCCCAUAUUUCCCCAAAAAACCAUUUUGAGCCUAAAAUAAAACCGAUUGUUUCCUUUAACAGCAAAAAGUAAAAAAUAUAUC